AUGUCCUUCAGCCCGAAGCACUCCACCCCCUUCUCAGUCAGCGACAUCCUGAGCCCGAUGGAGGACAGCUACCGGAGGUUCGGAGGCAUGGACCCCUCCGCGGGGAGCCUCGGGUCCCCGCUGGGCGCCUACCGGCAGCAGCACAUCUCCCAGCCCGGUAUGCAGCACCAGCAACAGCAGCAUCAGCAUCAGCCACCUCAUCUCCACCACCAUCACCACCACCACCACCAUCACCACAUGUCCUCCCCAUCUUCAUCCUCCUCCUCCUCUUCCUCAGCCUCGGCCACCGCUGCAGCUGCCCUGGGACCCGGCGGGCCCUACCACGUGCCCCACGGGGUGCCGCAGUUCUCCGGGCCCGUCGGUGGAUUCUGUAACGGGGGCCUCGGGAACGUGGGCGAGCUCCCGUCGUACCAGGACACGGUGCGGGGCGGAGGAGCGGCGGCGUGGUACGGGAACCCGGAGCCUCGAUACCCGACAAUCUCCAGGUUCAUGGGCCCGUCCUGCGGGAUGAACAUGCCCGGGAUGGUGGGCUCCCUGGCCGGGAUGGACCCGUCGGCCAAGUCGGUGGCGGCGCUGCACGCGGCCCCGCGCAGGAAGCGGCGCGUGCUCUUCUCCCAGGCGCAGGUGUUCGAGCUGGAGCGACGCUUCAAGCAGCAGAAGUACCUGUCGGCCCCGGAGCGGGAGCACCUGGCCGGGCUCAUCCACCUCAGCCCCAACCAGGUGAAGAUCUGGUUCCAGAACCACCGCUACAAACUCAAGCGACAGUCCAAGGACAAGGCCGUGCCGCCGGACGCAGGAGGCGGCCUGUGCGCCUCGACGCGCCGCUCCUCCUCCGUGUCUCCGGUUCUGUCCAAGACCGGAAAGAGCUGCCGCAGCGACUCCGACGGCUCCAACCAGCCCGGGAACCGACAGCGCGGCUCGGGGGACGUGAUGACACCGACCCCGCAGCAGCAGAACCACCACAUGUCGUCCCCGGAGGAGCUGGAGGACUUGUCUCCCAUGUCUCCCAGUCCUCCGAUGGGACUUCACGCUCAGAUGAACAUGACGCAAACGGACGCGGCGCUCAUUGAAUACACCAACAGCAUGAUCGGCUCCAAUCUACUGUACGGGAGGACUUGGUAG